AGACGGUGACAGCCCGGCCAGCGGGCGGGCAGGCUGCUGGGGCGGGGAGGUGGGACCGGGAGAGGGGUGGCCGCGGGGCCCGGCCGGGCUGGGGCGGGGGGCCGCAGCCAUGAUCCGGGCCUUCUCGUUCCCGGUGAGCCCUGAGCGGGGCCGGCUGCGGGGCUGGCUGGAGGGUAGCCUGGCCGGGCUCUGCGAGUUACACUGGCUCCGGGAGAGGCAGGAGUACCGCGUGCAGCAGGCGCUGCGGCUGGCCCAGCCCGGAAUGGGGGGCGCCGAGGCCGAGGACGAGGAGGACGCUGAUGAGGAUGAAGAUGCGGCGGCGGCGCGCCGGGCCGCAGCAGCCCUGGAGGAGCAGCUGGAGGCCCUGCCUGGGCUCGUCUGGGACCUGGGCCAGCAGCUGGGAGACCUGAGCCUGGAGUCUGGGGGGCUGGAACAGGAGAGCGGGCGCAGCUCGGGCUUCUAUGAAGAUCCCAGCUCCACGGGAGGUCCAGAUUCACCACCCUCAACCUUCUGUGGGGACAGUGGCUUCUCUGGAUCCAGCUCCUAUGGUCGCCUAGGUCCCUCUGAGCCCCGGGGUAUCUAUGCCAGCGAGAGGCCCAAGUCCCUAGGAGACGCCAGUCCCAGCGCUCCGGAGGUGGUGGGCGCGCGGACAGCAGUGCCGCGGUCCUUCUCAGCGCCCUACCCGACGGCAGGCGGGUCCGCCGGCCCGGAGGCCUGCUCCUCGGCGGAGCGGCGGGCCCGCGCCGGGCCCUUUCUGACGCCCAGCCCCCUGCACGCCGUGGCGAUGCGCAGCCCGCGACCCUGCAGCCGCCCUCCCACCGACUCGUCCGACGCGGGGGGCGCAGGGCGGCCCCUGGACGGCUACAUCUCGGCGCUCCUGCGCAGGCGCCGCCGCCGGGGGGCGGGCCAGCCCCGGACCAGUCCCGGGGGCGCGGACGGCGGCCUGCGGCGCCAGAACAGCGUGCGUCAGCGGCCGCCCGACGCGUCUCCGCCCCCCGGCAGCGCGCGGCCCGCGCGGGAGCCUUCGGUGGAGCGCGUCGGGGGCCACCCCACCAGCCCUGCCCCCUUGAGCCGCGCCUGGGCGUCGUCGUGGGAGUCGGAGGCUGCACCCGAGCCGGCUGCACCUCCCCCUGCCCCCUCGCCCCCCGACAGCCCGGCCGAGGGCCGCUUGGUGAAGGCGCAGUACAUCCCGGGCGCCCAGGCGGCCACCCGAGGCCUCCCCGGUCGCGCCGCCCGCCGCAAACCACCGCCACUGACCCGCGGCCGCAGCGUGGAGCAGUCACCGCCCCGGGAGCGUCCCCGGGCCGCCGGCCGCCGUGGACGCAUGACCGAGGCCUCGGGCCGCCGGGGCUCGCCCAGGGCCCGCAAGGCCUCGCGCUCUCAGUCCGAGACCAGCCUGCUGGGCCGCGCCUCCGCGGUCCCGUCGGGGCCCCCCAAGUACCCCACGGCGGAGCGGGAAGAGCCUCGGCCUCCACGGCCACGCCGCGGCCCAGCGCCCACGCUGGCGGCCCAGGCCGCAGGGUCCUGCCGUCGCUGGCGCUCCACUGCGGAGAUCGACGCUGCUGAUGGGCGCCGCGUGCGGCCCCGAGCCCCGGCGGCGCGUGUUCCCGGCCCCGGCCCGUCCCCGUCAGCUCCCCAGCGUCGUCUGCUCUACGGCUGCGCGGGCAGCGACUCGGAGUGCUCGGCCGGGCGCCUGGGGCCCCUGGGACGCCGGGGGCCUCCGGGAGGCGUCGGCGGGGGUUACGGGGAGAGCGAAUCGAGCGCCAGCGAGGGAGAGUCACCUGCCUUCAGCUCUGCCUCCAGCGACUCAGACGGCAGCGGUGGCCUCGUGUGGCCGCAGCAGCUGGUGGCGGCCACUGCGGCCUCCGGGCCCGGGGGCGGAGCAGGUGCAGGGGCGCCAGCCGGCCCCGCCAAAGUCUUCGUGAAGAUCAAGGCUUCCCACGCGCUCAAGAAAAAGAUACUGCGUUUCCGUUCGGGUUCUCUCAAGGUCAUGACUACAGUGUGAGUUUGGGGAUUUGCUUGGGCUCCCCCUUCAUGGCCUCUGCACCUCCACACUCUCAACCACUGACCCUUCCACAUCUACCUUCCAAAGACCAUCGUUUUCUCUGCUUCCAAAGACCCCCCACACUCUCCCCACUCCUAGCAGUCUUGGUUGAAAAGGCUCCCCUACCACUAGCGAGAGGAAUGGGGAGGAGCCCUGUUUGACCCAGUUCAGCUUCUAGCUUGGAAGUCCUUGGGCAAGACAGUUCCCCUUCUCUGGGCGUCACUUUUCUCAUCUGUACAGUGAGUGUCCAUGUAUGCAAAAGGGGUAAUUUGGUUUGAAUUUCCCCGUUUUAGUUUAGAAGCCUCGUCUGUUUGUUCCCCUUCACCACUCUCUCUCUCAUUCCUGAUGAGCCCUCUCAUUCCUCCUUUCCUUGCCCAGCUAUGGCCCCCUCUCAUUCACAAAGUGCCCCCUCCAUGUCCCUGGACCCUUAAGAUAUCCCCUUGGCACCCUGGUCAGAGACUCUGUGUCUGACUCAGGUGGUUCCUGCAGAGUGCCCUGGGAAGGGAAGGAGCACUGAUUUGGGGGUUUUGAGGGUCAAGUAGGGGUUGGCAACACCUGGAAAGAAGGACUCUUUCACCUCGAUCCCUGGACAAUUAUGGAGGAUUCGGAGGUAGAAGAGGGGAAGGAAGAUGGUUUCUAUCUCAUACCCCGCACUCCCUGUGAGAGGGAAUGGGGGAAGCCUGAUGACCCUCAGCUGUUCCAAUCUAGUAUUUUUUUUUCUUUUUUAAAAUUACUGUAUUUAUUAUGACGAUGGUGACUCCCCAGUGCAAAGGGGGGCCAGAUUCUGUGUGUUUCUCUAACCUCUUUGUAAAUAAAUGCACAGUGUUACAUA